AUGCUGAAGCUCUUCCCGCCGACAAAACACGCUCUAGUUAAGGUUAGAAGAAGACCUCAUGUUGGUGUCUUCUUCAAAUCCUUAAUCUGGUCCUCACCUUCUUCCCAAUAUUCUUCUUCUUCUUCUUGCUCUUAUGAAUACCAGAAUGAUCUGGUGAAUAGAGACGCAGUAACCAUUCUCAACUCCAACAAUCCUAACCAAGCCCUUCAACUUUUCAAUUAUGCUUUAAAACACUACCCAAUUACUUCUCCAACCUACAUUCUUACUAGCCUGUAUUCAGCCAUCAUCCAUGUUUUGACAUGUGCCGGAAUGUGGAAGCCUGCCAGGUGCUUGAUCAAAGACCUCAUCCAAACCAUCCUCAUCCAUCCUUCCUUCAAAUUCGAAAAACAAGUUAGUUCUUUAGUUUUCGAUGCUCUUAAUGAUUUACAAAGCUCUGAAAAAUUCAGUGCUGAUGUUUUUGGAGAGCUCGUUAUUGCAUUUUGUGAGAUGGGUCUUGUUGACGAAGCCUUGUGGGUUUAUCAAAAGAUUGUUAAAGUAGCGCCCCCUUCAGUGCAAGCUUGUUAUGCCUUAUUAAAUCGGUUGGCUAAGAAGGGACGGUUUGGUUCCGUGUGGGAGUUAUACAAGGACAUGGUUUCGUGCAAGGUAUUGGUUCCUAGUGUUGUCACUUAUGGUAUACUUGUUGAUGCUUGUUGUAGCCAAGGUGAUGUUUCAAAAGCUAGGAGUUUUUUUGAUGAGAUGGUGAAGGAGAAGGGGAUUCAGCCAAGCGUUGUUAUCUACACCACUCUUAUCCGUGGUUUUUGCCGUGAGAGUAAAUUGUCAGAAGCAGAAGCUCUGUUUCAACAGAUGCGGGAAUCGGGGGUUUUACCAAAUUUGUAUACUUAUAGUGUUCUGAUAGAUGGUUACUGCAAAAGGGCAAACGUCAAGCAAGCACUUCACUUGUAUCAGGGCAUGCUUGCUGACGGUCUGCACCCAAGUAUUGUUACUUUUGGGACCUUAAUAGAUGCACUUUGCAAAAGGGGACAAUUAUUAGCAGCAAGGAGUUUGUUCGUUCACAUGGCUAAGUUUGGUGUGUGUCCUGAUUUAAUUGUGUAUAAUCGUCUCAUUGAUGGCCACGCUAAUUCAAGGAAUCUAUCUGAAGCCAUGCAUUUGUUUUUGGAGAUGGAAAAGUACAAAAUUUCUCCUGAUGUUUUUACAUAUAGUAUACUUAUGAAGGGUUUUUGUGGCGUGGGUAGAACAGAAGCAGCAGAUGUGAUACUGAAAAGAAUGAACAGUGAAGGGGUUAUUGCAGACUCUGUAACAUACAACUCCCUAAUCAAAGGAUACUGUAAGGAAGGAAAUACGGAAAAGGCUCUGGAGGUGUGUUCUCAAAUGACUGAAAAGGGUGUAGAGCCAGAUGUUAUCACCUUCUCUACAUUGAUUGAUGGUUAUUGCAAGGCAGGGAAAAUGCAAUCUGCUACAAGUUUAUACUCGGAAAUGCUAAUCAAAAGUAUUGUGCCCGAUCAGGUAACGUACUCAUCUUUAAUUCAAGGCUUGUGCAGGGUGGGGCAAAUUUUUGAAGCUACCAAGUUUUUUUCAGAGAUGAGAUGUGGUGGUAUACAACCAGAUGCUUAUACUUACACUGUCAUGUUAGAGGGGCAUCUGACAGUGAAGCAUAUGAUUGAUGUGAUGAUGUUGCAUGCUGAUGUGAUAAAGGUGGGUAUCAUGCCAAAUGAGAAGAUGUGCCUGCUCUUAACUAGGUGUUAUCAAGAAAAUGGAUACCUGCAGUCAGCUCUCAAUUGUUCCAAGGACUAA